CACCUCUAAUUUGCGCGCGAAUUCCUUUUAAUAAAUAAUGGAUGCAGAUUUGCUGCCGCUGAGAAAGCGAAUAACAAACACCUUCAAGCUAUGUGGCUUCCUGAUCCGCUCCGAGAACAGUUCCUACCUGGCGGAGCAGCUGCUGCCUUUCGAGGCCGCCGAACGGGACAAAUGGCUGACGGUGAUCACCGAGAAUCUGCAGAGCCAGAAGCUCCUGACGCCGCAUGUGGAGCGGGCUGCGCUGGAGAAGGCCAUCAAUGAGCUGAACCGCGUGGGCCUGGACGAAGGGGAGACGGUGUUCGCCCUAAUCGACGCCUUCACUGUGCCCCGCUUUCGGUACAACCAGCGGGUCAAGAAGUUCGAACUGGACACGCAGCCUCGCCAGCUGCUCACAGCUCCCCGCAUGAAAUCGGACUACAUGCAGCAGCGUUAUGCCAUGUUGCUGCAAAAGACCCUGCGCCACGACCUCUUUGCCCCUGCCGUCAUCCAGGAUGGCGUGGGCGCCGACGCCCAGGCCAAAAAAUUCAAGCUCCAGUUCGCCGAGAACCUGCUGGCCACCUCAUCGAUCAAGGAGGCCGUCGUUCUGGGUCUGCUCACCCAGCUGAAGGAGGGCAAGUUCUAUGUGGAGGAUCCCACCGGCUGUGUGCAGUUGGAUCUCACGGGCGCCCGUUUCCAUGCCGGCUUCUUCUGCGAGGGCUGCUUUGUGCUGGCGGAGGGCAACUACAAGGAUGGGGUACUCAAGGUUGAUGGCCUGGGCUUUCCGCCCGCGGAACCUGCCACCAGCAGUCGCGCCUUCUUCGGCACCGCCAACUCCUGGGGCGGUGAGUCCGGCAAGCUGCUGAAGUAUUCACCUAGACUCCAGGAACUGGAGCGCACCAACACGGAAACGACCAUCGUUUUCCUUUCCGAUGUCCGUUUGGAUCUUCCUAUUGUGAUGGACAAGCUGCGCCAGCUGUUUGUGGGCUACGAUUCCUGCCCGCCGCAGGCCAUUGUGCUAAUGGGUCCCUUUACGGCCAGCACAAGGAAUCAUCACGAGCUAAGGCAUCAUUUGGAUGCAUUGGGUGGCCUGGCCGCCGGCUGCGAGCAGCUGAAGAAGCAAACGGAUCUGAUACUCGUACCCUCGUCGGAAGAUCCCACGGCACCGAAUAUCCUGCCGCGUGCUCCCAUUCCCGAAUGCCUGGCAGCGGGACUGCUGAAGGCCUGGCCGCGCACCCAGUUGGCCACGAAUCCCUGCCGCCUGCAGUACUGCACACAGCAGAUAGUCGUUUGCCGGCUGGAUUUGAUGGCCAAGUUUUGCCGGAAUACCUUGCAUUUUCCGGAGGAUACUUCCCAGAUUGAGCAGCAUUUCGCCAGGACGAUUGUGUGCCAGGGUCACUUGGUUCCCAUCCAUCCGAUUGCCAUGCCCGUGCACUGGGACUACGAUCCCGCCCUGUGGCUGUAUCCUCUGCCAGAUCUGAUUGUUAUGGGAGACUCCUGUCAGAGUUUUAGCAGCAAUCAACACGGAUGCACUGUCCUUAAUACCGGUUCCUUUGUCAAGUCCAAGUUCGCCUUUAAAGUGUACAUACCCGCCACGCGAACGAUUGAGGACUCGGAGAUUCCCGACGAUGUGGAGUAGUUAAGAUAGCU